AUGGCCCGCUUCUUGCCGGAGAUUCGAAGCUCUCCUCGGGUCAGAGUCGGUGGCCUCCUGCUUCAGGUGGCAGUUUGGUGCGUCGGCCCAUGCCAUGGCAUCGACCUUCCCGUGCUCACUGCGCGGGAACAUCUCCCAGGCAUUACACCGCAGACGGAGGCCGUCCAACUCACUGGCUUCCUUGCGGCGUCGGGCAGGGCCUUGUGGAAGCUGAAGAGACUGGGGUUUGAAGGUGUCGUCGAAGAGUUGGCGGAGAGGAGGAUUGUGCUGCCGGCGGAGGUUGUGACGUCGUCCUGUGAGGAUGCUUUCAUGACUGGCUACUACAAGAAUCUCAGUGCGCGCGUCCACAGCUUCGGGUUUCCGAUCUUCAACAUGGACGAAGAGAAGGAGGUACUCGCUGACUCCAAUUUGCGCCAGUGUUGGCGAAAUCCAGAUCGAUGUUGGACUGCUGUGGUUCGGCUGGACUACUUCGAGCUCCAGCAAAUGGAGGAGUUGUUUUACUGGGCCAUCUCGGGGAAAGGCAAGCUGGGGCCGGAGCCAUCUGGCUCUGCCACGCUGCUGCUCUUGCUACCGCCAGCUUGUAUGGUGGAGGACGCGCUGUUGCACAUAGCCCCCCAAGUGCUCGAGCUCCGGAGCAGCGGAACACAAGACUACAUCAUCAUGCGGGCCGCGCUGAUAGAAAUCCAACCCGGCUCGUUCGAGCUUCCGCGACAACAUCGCAACUUGUCCAGGGUGAUUCCGCCGUAUCCUGGCGGCGAGCCAUACUCAGAGGCUGCGUAUGGCUUUACGCAAGACUGCGCCCGGGGGGCAGUGGGGCCGACAGACGACUAUGCAGGUGCUCAGUUCCACAACAUCUUCGGCCGCGUGCUGUGCAGUCCAUCCAUCCACUCGAACCCUGAGGAUUUCCAGGGUGAGGCUGCAGGUCUCAAGAUCUUCGUGCAGACGAUGCCAAGCUUGCUGAACUCGGACCGACUGGUCAUCGCCAACUUGGUCCGAUUGGCCCACAACUACUCCUGCGAUCCGGGGCUCUUCCUCUGCAAGGAGCCGCACUGGAACGGCGCAUGGUCCGCCUGGCGCCAGCACAUGGGAGAAGUGGUGCUCCUGCAGAAGUUUCUGACCGCCCCGCCCGAAGUGUUCGUGGAGUCCGCAGAUGAUGCGGACAUCAUCUUGAUCCCAACUUUGUCACAGCUUGUGUCGAGCUGGUACAUCUUCCGGCAGGUGCCUCAAAGCUGUCCGCGGCACAUGCUCCAUUGGCUGAAGCAUCUUGAAAGCAAGCGUGCCGCGCACGUGUUCCUCUUCGCGGACCACUUGAUCAGCCUGAGGCAGAAUGACAUGGGCGGGCUGAACUGCAUGCCAGCACUUCGCCCAGACAACAUCUUCAUCUCGCAUGGCACUGAGAGGAUGUCACCAGCUCAUAUAGCAAUGCCCUCGAUUGUGGCAGAACCGGAGCUUCAACCAUCGGUUAUCCUUCCUGCGGACGAGAACCGCGACGUUUUCCUCUUCUAUGGUGAGACGACCGACUGCUGUCAUCCUGUACGACAGCACUUCUACGAUGUUCUGACCAGCGAUCAGGGAGUGUCACUUUGCGGCCCCACGUGCAUCGUGGAGAAGCGGUGGCGAGAGCCGCCCCACCGUGGCGUUGAGAUGUCCAAGAAGACGCACGGCUCAUCUUCUGGUGGUGCCAUCGACUUGAUACAAGUGAUGCAACAGACGAUCUUCUGCCCAAUGGGGCCUGGAGAUGUGCCGCACCGGCACAAAUUCUAUCAAGCGUUUCUUGCAGGCUGUAUCCCUGUCCUGUUCGACUUUCCCUCCUACUUCCCGGGACAGAGGAGCUGGUGGAAGGAGUACGGGUCGCCUUUCCUGCUCUCCGUGCCCUUCCCCGAGGACAUCCCCUACAAUGACAUCGUGGUGAUCAUUCCGUGCACGGAGAACUACACGCAGUCUGCCAUCAACAUGCUCCUCAAGCUGCGGGCCAUGCCUGUGCAGGACAUCUCACGGAGGCAACGUCUGCUUCGAGACUAUCGGCACUUCUUGGGCUACCAGUGGGAUGGGUCGCGGCCGGAUGCCUUCACCGCGAUCAUGCAGCGCAUCGGCCGCUUCGUCCGGCGCCGUCCGCAGCUGCGCUGA